GGCGAGCUCCUUCUUAGGCCAUGGCGAGCCUGACCUCCACGUCCCUUUCCCUCCACCCAAAACCCUCCAGACUCUCGAUAUUAGGGUUUAGAAGCGAAACCCUCCGGACCCACUCCCACGAUCCUCCCUUCCUCCCCAAACCCUUCCAUUUUCCUGUUAAAACCCUAACCCUAAUUCUUAAAUCCCCCGACUCCCGUUCCCCAUUCCUCCCACGGCCCAUUUCCUCUGUGCCCAAUGCCUCAUGCUCUCGAUCCCCCCACUGCCCCCAUCCCCACCAGAGAAUCCUUUGGAGGAUCUGCGCUGAGAAAGCCGCCGUCUUGCUCGUUGGUUCGCUUCUGUUCCUUGGGAGAUUCAAUGGGAGGCCUGCUUUGGCCCUCGGUGAUGCCCGAAGGAGCGAUUUUUCUAAGCCGUUGGAGGAAAAGAUGGAUGCGCGGGAAGGGAAAGAGGAUGAGGAGGAGAGGUAUGUGAAGAUUUUGGAGAGGGAUCCGACGGAUGUGGAGGCGCUAAAGGUGGUCUUAUAUGGGAAGAUGAGGAAGGGGAAGACGAAGGAAGCGGUGGAGUACGUGGAGAGAUUGAUUGCUUUGGAGCCGGACGAGGUGGAGUGGAGGCUCUUGCAGGCUCUGUCAUAUGAACUGAUGGGGAAUCUGGCCAAGGCCAAGAGGCUCUUUAAGGAGAUCUUGAAGGAGAGACCUCUCUUGCUCAGAGCUCUGCAUGGGUUGGCAUUGGCUAUGCAUAAAAAUCAUGAAGGCCCAGCUGUUUUUGACAUGCUGAAUAAAGCUUUAGAACUUGCACGUCGUGAGAAGAGAGUCACUGAAGAGCGGAAUAUAAAAAUUUUGAUAGCUCAAAUGCAUGUUGUGAAGGGUGACUUAGAAGGGGCCUCAAAGCAAUUUCAAGAUCUCAUUAAUGAGAAUCCUCGAGAUUUUCGGCCUUAUCUUUGUCAGGGGAUCAUAUAUAGCCUGUUAGACAGAAAGAAGGAAGCUGAUGAACAGUUUGAAAUUUAUCAAAGCCUCAUUCCUGACGAAUUCCCCCAGAGAAGUUUCAUUGAUGAUGUCAUACUGGCUGCAAAAACAGAAUCUCAAGAACGGUUUGAGAAAAAGUUUGAAUCUGAGUUCUCAAAUAGAAACUAAAGACCCAAGAGCAUUGUGAGAUAGAUCAUUUAGAUGAACUGGAUGAUGAUUGUGUAAUCAAUGGUCAUUUCUUGUUUUUGGGAUAUCAAAAAGCGAAGUGUUUGUGUAAUUUUCUUCUCACAAAUGAAGACCUAGUCAGAAAUGAAAUCCAAUUUAGUCAUUCUCUUGCAACCAA